AAAAGCCAAAAAAAAAAGCUCGAUCUUUGGUGGGGCUUUGGGGAGAAAGUUUCAUCCUUUAUCCACUCUUCUUGUCCCCACAAUCAUCGGAAAACUACUCUGGUUUCCCGGCGAGAAAACCCAAAUGGCGAACGACGGCAAUGGCGGAAACAACAUCGACCCUCUACUCCAACACUUGAUUACCCCUAAACCACCGCCUCUGUUUCCCGUACCGGAGCACAACGACGUCGACGUCUCGAUUCCGAUGCCAAUGACUCCGUCGGAAUUCAAAGACCGGUUCAUCUUCGGCUCGUUUCAUCUCACCCAACGAGACGCAUCGCUUCUCAUCGACGCUCUCGCUCAAAACCCUCCGCCGUCAUCCUCCGCAACAACCUCCUUCUCCGAUUCCUCAGACCUCCUCAUCCCACCUCCGGAGACCAAUUUACCCGCGCGAAAACCCAAACUGACCCAUCCUAAAUUCCACCGAUCUAAAACAGCUCCUGCCAUCGCCGCUAUCAACGAUCUAACUCACCGGAUUUAUCAGGGAACAGAGCAAUCGGAUUCGAAAUCCAUCGUGAGACAGGGCGUUGCUCUGCUUAUUGUGUAUCUCUCUCUAGGCGUGCUUAUCUAUUGGAUCAAUCGAGAUAGCUACACAGUGAAUCACACCCAUCCUGUUGUCGAUGGUUUGUACUUUUGCAUCGUAACAAUGUGCACGAUCGGGUACGGAGACAUCACGCCGAACAGCGUCGUGACGAAGCUAUUCUCGAUAUUGUUUGUGCUUGUUGGGUUUGGUCUUAUCGAUAUACUGCUUAGUAGGAUGGUUACUCAUGUUCUUGAUCUUCAAGAAAACUACAUGAUAGAAGCUGCCAAGAACGAAAUCUUUGCUGAGCCGGAGAAGAAGAGGUCGUAUGUGAUCGAUGUGAAGAAAGGGAGGAUGAGGAUUAGGUUGAAAGUUGGAUUGGCCUUGGGCGUUGUGUUGCUGUGCCUUGGGUUUGGGGUUUUGAUUAUGCACUUCGUUGAGAGAAUCGGGUGGUUGGAUUCGUUUUAUUUAUCGGUUAUGUCGGUAACUACGGUUGGGUAUGGAGACCAGGCUUUUAAGACGUUGAACGGUAGGCUUCUUGCUGCGAUUUGGCUGCUUGUGUCUACUUUAGCGGUUGCUCAGGCGUUUCUGUAUUUGGCUGAAGCAAGAGUGGAUAAGAGGAACAGAGAACGGGCCAAGAGAGUUCUUGGUGAAAACAUGUCUAUCUCUCAGUUCUUUGCUGCUGAUAUCGACCGUAACGGCUGCGUUAGUAAAGCAGAGUUUGUGAUAUACAAACUAAAGCUGAUGGAGAAAAUAACCGAUAAGGACAUUAAUCAGAUCGGUAACCAGUUUGAUAAGCUGGACCGAACCAAUAGUGGAAGGAUUACUCUUUUAGAUCUCUUGGAAACCAGCAGCAACGAUUUAUCCACUGCAACAUCUGUUUAGGAACCCACAUUAUAUACAACAUUAUUGAAGAUGACAAUGACAAUCUCCCUUUUCCGGUUUAAGUUCUGGUUUGUUUUGGUUUUUUCUUAUAGCAGAGAGUGUCUCACCAUCUCACCUAAGAUGAUGAUGAUGAGGAUGAAGAAGUUUGAUGGUCGGUUCCCUUUACCGGUUUGAUGUCAUUACCAAAUUGAUCGAAACCUUUUGUUCGAUUUGGGUGAUUAAUUUGUGCAAAUAUCAGAAGAGUGUAAUUUGUUAAUGGGCCUUUGUUAGUGUAAAAGAUUUGAAAUUUUUAAUCAAUUUAUUUGUACUCAACUAGUUACUGUAUAUAUGUAGCG